GGUGAAGAGGAGGGGGAUUCCACUUCACAUCAUUCAGUCAUUUAUCACAGAGACACUAUGUCACACUGAAGGAGAGACGCCUGUGAUGAGCUGCACUGGUUAAUAAUGGAUGUUCUUAAGGAUUUACCAACUCAUUUAGCCUCAACAACAUGGACCCUGCAGACUGAAGAAACAACUAUGGAGACAAAUAUGUCUACUGCACCCCCUUUCAAUGGAUGCCAUAUCCAAGAUGGAGUACUAUCCUUGAUGCUACCUGUGGUGUAUUCAUUUGUUUGUGGUCUAAGCUUCAUGAGCAACAUACUGGCUCUCUUCGUCUUCUGGACAAAUUGCCAAAAAUGUACAUCAAUGGUAAUAUACAUGAGGAACCUUGCCAUAGCUGACCUCCUCCUUGCCCUCUGCUUGCCCUUUCGCAUUGCCUAUCAGAACAAUAAUGGGCCUUUGCUACUGUGCCAAAUCAUAGGUGCCUUUUUCUACUUGAACAUGUAUGCCAGUAUUAUGUUCCUGAGUCUUAUCAGUAUGGAUCGUUACUUAAAAAUAAUCCGUCCUUUGCAACAAUACAAAAUCCACAGUGUGUCUUGGAGCAGUCGAGCCGCUCAUGUUGUCUGGGUGAUCAAUGUGGUAUGCAUAGCACCGUUCCUGUUUGAAAACAAAACUGAUGAACCUUGCAGUCAAAAGUGCUUCCACUUCAAGAAGAAAGGGACUGUGUCAGCUGCAAUCAACUUAUCGGCCGUAAUUGCUUUCUUUGUUCUUCUGUUUCUUUUUGUCUAUUUUUAUGCAAAAAUCUCAGCAAAGCUCCACCAAGCUUCCUUGGGCAGGAACCAGCCACAGACUAAAAGGAACAGCAACCGGGCCAUGAAAAAGUCUUUUAUUGUCUUAAUUAUAUUUAUUGUGUGUUUUGUUCCUUAUCACUUGGUACGUGUGCCCUAUAUCCUGGCCCAGAUUGAUACUAUUCCCAGCUUGGCCUGGAAACAGACAUUGCAUAUCACAAAUGAAUUGGUGUUGUGUUUGUCCACACUCAACAGCUGCCUGGAUCCUGUGAUUUAUUUCUUCUUGUCGGACAGCUUCAAAAGGGCUGUAAUUUGCACCAUUCAGGGAAAGCUUAAACUCAUUAUGAACAAUCAGGACAGAUCAUCCUACUGCAACAGAUCUGUUACUGAUAUGUAAGGCCGGGCUUUGCUUCUGUGUUUACAGUCUCCCCUUACUGAAGCACCUGUUUCUGCUGCGGUGCAUG